AUGACGUCACAUGGGGCAAUGACGUCAUCUGGGAUGCUGGAAGGUCACCAGGAAAUGGGGCUCACCCCCUUUCUCCCCACAGGUGCCCCCUGUCUGAGUUUUGACGUGGUGCCCGACCCGCCAGGCCAAGAACUUGGCCACUUCCCGCUCAGCCUGCGGCUCUGCGCUGGCACCCAGGCUGAGAGCUCCCAGGCCAACAGGCUGCUGGUGAUGAAGAUGCACAAUCUGCACCGCACGGGGGCCGCGGGUGCCGAGAGCAGCGACAGCGACGAGGAGGAGGACGAGGAGGAGAAGAAGCCCGAGCUGGAGCUGGCCAUGAUUCCCCACUACGGGGGCAUCAACCGCGUCCGGGUCACCCAGCUGGGCGGGACACAGGUGGCUGCCAUCUGGUCAGAGAAGGGGCAGGUGGAGAUCUACGACCUGCAGUGCCCCCUGGUAGCCAUCUCGGACCCUCAGGCCAUGGCCACCUUCCUGCGGGAGGAGCAGGCCAAAAUCAAACCCCUCUUCUCCUUUGCCGGACACAUGACCGAGGGCUUUGCCAUGGACUGGUCCCCCAUGGUGCCCGGCCGUCUUGUGACCGGUGACUCAAACAAGAACAUUCACCUGUGGAGCCCCAAGGCGGACGGGACGUGGCACGUGGACCAGCGCCCCUUCACCGCCCACACCGCCUCUGUGGAGGACCUGCAGUGGUCACCGACGGAAGCGACGGUGUUUGCCUCAUGCUCGGCGGACGGGUCCAUCCGGGUGUGGGACGUGCGGGCAGCACCGGGCCGGGCCUGCAUGCUGACGGCCAGCCAGGCCCACGCCAGUGACGUCAACGUCAUCAGCUGGAACCGCCAUGAGCCCUUCCUCCUCAGCGGGGGGGACGACGGAGCCCUGCGCGUCUGGGACCUGCGCCUCUUCCAGACAGGCACGAGCGUGGCGACCUUCAAGCAGCACACGGCGCCCAUCACCUCGGUGGAGUGGCACCCCACGGAUGGGGGGGUGUUCGCGGCCGCGGGUGCGGAUGACCAGGUGACCCAGUGGGACCUGGCGGUGGAGCGGGACCAGGAGGGGGAGAGCGAGGAUGACCCAGCCCUGGCCUCCAUCCCCCCCCAGUUGCUCUUCGUGCACCAGGGAGAGACGGACAUCAAGGAGCUGCACUGGCACCCCCAGUGCCCGGGGAUCCUGAUCACCACCGCCCUGUCCGGCUUCACCGUCUUCCGCACCAUAAGUGUCUGACAGGCAGAGCCUGGCUUGGGGGGAGCCUCCCCCUUGCAGAUGGACCAUUCCAGCUGUCUGCUGCUUCCAUUGCACAGAAUCGGGAGAAAGCUUUGGGUGUGUGGGGGUGGGGAGGGGGGGGGGAGUUGGUCUGCUCCAUGUAGUGGCUGCUACCAUUGCACAGGCAAGAAGGGGAUCCCAAGAUGAGGCAACACAAACUUUUCCCCCUCCUUACUCCAUGCAGUUGGACCGUUCCAGUUAGUGGCUGCUACCAUUGCAAGAAAUGGGGUGGGGAGACAAUGUGCUUCCAUAUUUGGUGUUAUCCACCUCCUCCUUGCAGAUGGACUAUUCCAACUGCUACCAUUGGUCAGAAUUUGGGGGUUGGUGGUGUCUGGACCUGGACCCUUUCAUUCUGCAUGGGAGGGCCGCAUGCCUCCAGAAAAUGCACUGUUCUGCCGUUUGUUUUGGGGAGCUACCAUCUAAUGUGGAGAUGGGGGGGGCUGAUUUCAAGCUAGUUUCCCCCUCAGUUGUACAUGGUUUGGUCUGAAUUUGGUUGCUACUACUUGGCGGGGGGGGUCAUCACCCCCAUUCUAUUGAGAGAAGUGGAUUGCUCCGGAGGCUACCACUGGGGAGCUAGCUCCCAGGGGGUGCACAAAUCCCUGCGGUGGGGGAAUGGGACACAGACCCCCAAAUGCAAAGAGGGGGCAGGGGAAAACUUGCAUCCAUGGGGGGGGGUC